GGGGAGGAAGGCAUGAGCACAGUAUCGCUGGCUUUUCGAACUCUAAGCAACUGGAAACAAGGAUACGUCCCCCUUCGUCUCAUCGAGGCUAAGCAUCCAGUCACAGGCGCUUUUUUUAUGUCCGAGGUAGUUAUUUAUUAAAAUCACCCCUUUAAGAAAGAAUAUGAAAGCCCAUAUUUCAUGAUGGGUCGUUACUGCGCUUCAGAAUGUCCAUGUAGGAUCUAUUUGUGUCAAUAGAAUCGUCCUGUGUCGAUCUGACGGAUGGCUAUCAUGCAUCAAUGCUUGUGAUUUUGUCUUCAUUUAUCUGGUGAGCAGCGCAGUUUUGAACGCCGUUUUGUUGCAGGAGCCUCCAAAUAGUGCAGGCGAAUUACCG